AUGAACAACCCACGCCGACAACCAAACCCCAACGCCCCCCACCCAUCCACCUUCCUCUGGGCCCACGAACUCCGACGCGAAAACAUCCAAGUCGUGAACCAACUCAACCGCAUCAGAGCUGACCUCGCUGUUGCCAAUGAUACCAUAGGGAAUUUGAAUCACAAGCUUGAACGUCUAGAUCUACAAGCACGCGAGGAAAUUAUCAGAUUAGAGAAUAGUCUGAAGGAACUUGAAGCUCGAUUCGACACUAAUCUACGAACUGGUAUUGAGCGGGUUGAGGAACUCGAGAAUGAGAAUCGCCAGCUACGGGGUAGGAUUGAUGGGUUGGAGAGGCAUGCUCGUGAACAAGUGAGAAUGGAGGACGGUAUUCGCGUGAGAGUGCUGGAUGAGGUGAGAGAUAUGAUGAUGGAACGGGGAGAGAGUCGUGUGAAGGUGGAGCUGGGAAUUGGAAUGGGGAGAGGGGAUGUUGUCAAGGCUUGCUCUGCUGGGUCUGAUGUUCUUGUGCCGGAUUCAAUGCCUAUGGGUUCCGUUCCUGGUGUUGGUGGGAGAAGUGGGUUGUCGUCGACGCUUUCUGAUACUACGUGGAGGACGCCUUCUUUGGUGGGUGAGAAGACUGAGGAAGUUGGGACGGAGUUGGAGGGUGUCGUGAAGCAGGGUGGGAGAUCGUUGGCUGAUUAUUUCGCUGCUGCUGAGGGGAUGAGGCGUGGAUUGCAGGCACAGAGGGAUGAGGGUGAGGUUGUCAGAGCGGUUGUGCGAGGUCUUGAUGACUCUGGUAUCCGGGCUUUGAUCGAGGAAGAGAUAAGCCACGUUGGGUGGUCUUGGAGUGCUUUGAGGGCCGUCAUGCUGAAGGUUAUGGAGGACAGGGAAAUGCCUAUACAGGAGCCAGUCAAGGAAAGCGAGAUGCCCAAUUGCAACGUCAAAGUUGAGUCGACCAAUGCUCACCAGGUCCAGCACAAAAGGCAAAGAACGAGGAGAUACAUACCCAUUGUACCGGCUGAUGAAGAGGAUGAACGCAUUGUUAUGGAAAUGUAUCGCCAUUGA